AUGGCAAAUACAGGUGAUCAUAAUCACGGAAACGAGCAGUACACCGACUCCAGCUCGGACUUCACUGAGUACUGGAUAGAUUUGUUCUUGGGCAUCAAAGGCAACGAGUAUUUUUGCGAUAUCGACGAUGACUACAUCCGAGACCGUUUCAACCUAACGGGGUUGAACCAGGAGGUGAGCAAGAUGCCUACGCUUGUUGAUAUAAUCACUGAUAUGGUGGACAUCGAGCUGCAGGCUGAAGAACACAGAGACGCAUUGGAGCUCAAUGCAAGAAUAUUAUACGGAUUGAUUCAUGCUAGGUACAUUUUAACUCAACGUGGGUUGAAUAAAAUGUUCGAAAAAUAUAAGAAUGGAGAUUUUGGCUAUUGCCCCAGGGUCCACUGCCAAUUGCAUCCUUUGUUGCCUGUGGGGUUGAGCGAUCAACCUAGAGUGGACGCCGUCAAACUAUAUUGUGCCAAGUGCGAGGACUUGUAUAACCCAAAGUCCGGAAGACAUGCGGUGGUCGAUGGAGUGUAUUUUGGAACAUCUUUCCCUGCCAUGUUCUUCCAAAACUUCCCCCAUGCCAUCCCAGUCCACAGCAAGGAAACAUAUGUUCCCCGAGUGUUUGGAUUCAAAGUGCACGAGUACUCCAAAGUCGAUAGAUGGAGAAACUUGCAAAGGGGAAAACUUGUAAAGAGGCUUACAGGGUAUGGAAUAGACAUUAAUAACACCAGCGGAGGCUUUCUCAGCGAUGAGUCUAAGGGUCCCACCAGCUGA